UCAACAUGAUCUGUAGUUGUCAGCGAGCGUGUUUUACGUUGGAGCUGACGUUAGACACAUUCUCUUUCUGCAAGAGAAUUAGAUAAUUUGGCUAUAUUAGUGCAAACGCUGAUUAUUUAGAUAUUUAUAUUACAUGUGUUGGCUUGUAAAUAAUUAUCACAAUUGGAAAGAUGUAUCUAACUAGCAUGACAAGCAAGUUAGCCUGGCUGGCUAGUUAACUGAAAAGGUUGCUAUCUAUCCAGAUCUGUGUAGCUGGCUAGCUAGCAGGUACGGCUAACCAAGUGUGUCUUAUGGAUAGUUAGCUACCGUUUAUGUAUUUGUGCGACAGUAACUUCCCACUGCUUCAAGGAGUCCACUGAGAAGUCGCACAGGUACCCGUCGGCAAGUUGUUAAGUGCGGCAUGGCUUCGAGCUUCGCCCCGCCGAAACUGGCGGACUUCAUUCUGACUGAAAAGCUGGGCAGUGGUACCUAUGCGACAGUUUACAAGGCAUACCGGAAGGGCGACAGCCGGGAGGUGGUGGCAGUGAAGGUUGUGGGGAAGAAGAGCCUGAACAAGGCUUCCAUGGAGAAUCUACUGACGGAGAUCGAGAUUCUGAAGACCGUGCGCCACCCGCACAUUGUACAGCUUAAGGACUUCCAGUGGGACAGUGAGAACAUCUACCUGAUCCUGGAGUGGUGUUCGGGCGGGGACCUGUCGCGCUUCAUCCGUAGCCGCCGCCUGCUGCCGGAGAGGGUGGCCCAGCGCUUCCUGCAGCAGAUCGCCUGUGCGCUACAGUUUCUUCACGAGCGCAACAUCUCCCACCUGGACCUUAAACCUUCAAACAUCCUGCUCAGCGGAUCAGUGCUCAAACUGGCAGAUUUUGGCUUUGCGCAGUACAUGUCUCCCUGGGACGAGCAGAGUGUGCUGAGGGGCUCCCCGCUCUACAUGGCCCCGGAGAUGGUGUGCCGCCGGCAGUACGACGCGCGGGUCGACCUCUGGUCCGUGGGGGUCAUUAUGUACGAGGCCCUCUUUGGACGCCCGCCCUUCGCCUCUCGUUCCUACGCUGAGCUGGAGGAGAAGAUCCGCAGCGACCGGCCCAUCGAGCUGCCAGCAGGAGGAAGAGUAUCCCGGAACUGCAGAGACCUUCUGCUGAGGCUGUUGGACCGGGACCCCGACACCCGCAUCACCUUCGCCGAGUUCUUCACGCACCCCUUUGUGGACCUGGAGCACAUGCCCAGUGCAGAGAGCCUAGGGAAGGCUAAAGAGCUGGUGCUGCGGGCGGUGCAGAAGGACCAGGAGGGGGACAGGUCUGCCGCGCUGUCUCUGUACUGCAACGCGCUGGAGCACUUCGUCCCAGCCAUUCACUAUGAGACGGACAGAAUCCGCAAAGAUGCACUGAGACAAAAGGUCAAUCAGUACGUGUCUCGGGCAGAGGAGCUGAAAGCGCUGGUAGCAUCAGACAACAGAAUCAUCUUUGAGGAGGCCAGGUCCUCCAGGGACAUCCUCAGAGAGAUGUGCCGAGACCAGCCCCGCUGGCUGGCGGCUCUGGACGUGGCAUCGGCUGCUGCGGCCAAGGAGGAGAGUGGGAUGGAGGAUCAGGACACCCUGGAUCUGUAUCAGCAGAGUCUGGGGGAGCUGCUGCUAGCGCUAGCUGCGGAGGCCCAGGGCCGCCGGAGAGAGCUGCUCCACAGUGAGAUUAAAAGGCUGAUGACCAGAGCUGAAUACCUCAAAGAGCACUUGAAGAUGCGGGAGGCCCAGACAGACGCGUCAAUGGACAGGGAACCCUUCUCGGAGUCGGUUCGGAGCACCUGCUGUGUACAGUGAACAUUGGUCCAGGCCUUGGGGACAGCAUUGCGCACCAGGAAUGUAAUGUGCCAGAACCAGGCCAGUCCAAGAAAAGAAGCUGGAUCUACCAAAAUUCACUGCUCAGGAGCUGCCAACCCCUUAUGGUUCUCCACAAACAGCAGAGCCUUCAGCUCCCUCUCACUGUCCAAACCUUACACAGCAAGACUAAACGGUCUAGAACUUGGAACUUAAAACUCAUUGCUCAUUACAUGUCUGUCUCCAUAGCAUUUGUAAAGGUCUUACUCAAGAUGAAAGAUGAUGUAUUUGCUGUCAAGCUGCUAACUCAGUAGUCAUUUGUAGUAGUUUCCCAAGGAACUGAUGGCUGUGCAUCUGAAUAGAAUGGAAACUGACCCGUGUAAAUGCUUUCAAAAGCCCUCCGUGGCCACCCCUGGCUGUUCCAUUAGCUCACGUACACAGACGCACGCACGCACGCACAUGUAUCGCAGUAGUACCAUAGUCCUACCACUGUGUGUAAAGUAGAAUGCCAGUCACAACCCUUGAGCGGAGCUACACUACUGUGUCGCAAGGGAAGACAUGCUUUUUCCUUAUUGGUUUACUUCAGACUUUGACACAGUCCAACUGACAAAUGCGAAACGGUGAAGCCCAGCACUUUGUACAGUUUGAGCUAAUGUACAGUUUGAUCAAGCUGAGGGCAAAUCUGCUGUGGUUUUGGUGUGUGCCUGAAUACUACAGCUCUCAGCUGCCCCCUACUAUGAUAAGAGAAUACAGCUGUGAAGAGGCUUAACUGUUAUUUAUCAGUAUACUGUUGCUAGCAUCCUCUGAAAGGGAGUAUUAUUCCAUACAACAGUUGAGAUUUUUAGGACUUGAAAAUUCCCUCAUCUGGCAGAGGCAACGCUUUAGGAAAGCCUCUUUAACAGCUCAGGUCUGUUCAUCACACUGGUUGUGUCAUGUUCGUUUUACAAAUAUGCUUUUUAAAAAAGAAAUUGAUUUGCUUAUGUAAUGGAAUGUGAAUUUGAAAUAAAUGUGAAAUUUAACAAUU